UACUAAUAGCACAUAGUUUUUAGGCAGAGGAACAAAAUUAUGUCGAGAGACUUCAUAUUAUUCACCAAACUGCCAACGACAACACAGAAGGAAGAGAACUUGAAGAUACCCCCAACGACAACACGGAAGGAAGAGAACUUGAAGAUACCCCCAACCACAACACAGAAGGAAGAGAACUUGAAGAUACCUCCAACCACAACACAGAAGGAAGAGAACUUGAAGAUACCUCCAACCACCCAACGGAGAAAAUGGACUGUGAAGAGACCACCCACCAGCCGAAGAAAAUAAGAGUUCGCCCCAAUAAGAAGACUCCGUUUCGAGCGCGUGAAAUACAAUCACCUACAGAGCGCAAAUUAUUUCAUGAAGUAUUGCGACUAAGGAAACAUAACCAGGUUCUACAAAAGAAGCAGGCCCGAUGGAAGAAGAGAAGAAAUCUUGAGAAGCAAUGUACACCGAAGCAGACGAUCAGAAUGCAGAAGGGUUUGAAAAAAAUGAAUCGAGUUCAAGAAGAGUUUUUAAACAUGAUGCAUGCAAAUAAUAGUAUAAAGUCAAAGGGCAGAAGAUACAGUUCUUUUGAUAAAAUAUUGUCUCUAUCUAUUUACAAACAGUCUCCCAAGUGUUAUCGUUACUUGCAAAGUUUUCUUCCUCUACCUUCAAAGAGUACACUUUCGUCCGUUUUGAGUAAAAUGCAUAUUGAUACCGGUAUUACCGAUGAAACAAAACAACGUUUGUUGGAAGCUGCCAAAUUGUGUACAAAUGAUCAAGAGAAAGUCGGAAUUCUCAUGUGGGAUGAAGUUUCUCUUGGUUUAGGAGUACAUUAUGACAGCAGCACUGACAAAGUUGUUGGAUUUGAAGAUUGGGGGACUGUUAGAACAGAACAGUAUUCUGAUCAUGCUCUUGUCUUUAUGCUUAGAUUAGUUAAAAGUGGUGCCAAAAUACCAAUCUCUUUUAAUUUUUGCAGCUCCAUGACGAAAACUGCUCAACUUCUGAGGUGCAUCAAGGAAACGCUUGCGGCUGUUAAAGAAGCUGGAUUCCAUGUAGCAGCUACCGUUUGCGACCAAUGCAAGACAAAUGAAUCGGCCAUUAACACCUUAGUUGCUGAUACUAUUAAAGUGAAGGGAUCAGAAUAUGUACAAGCUAGAUAUGGAAGUCGUUCCUCUAUUUGACGUUCCCCACCUCUUCAAAUGUUUAAGAAAUAAUCUUCUUGGCAAAGAUAUUCAGUAUCAAAAAAAUAAAUUUGCAACAUGGGAUCAUAUUAUUACAGCAUAUAAAAUUGAUAUGUUCG